AUACUGUGAAUUUGGGCGGGAAAGCGUACUGGACUGUAGAGUAUUGUUUUUGUGUUGAGCUGGUGAAGUCUACAUGCAGUUCGUUAAUCCAUCAGUACCAAUAACACCAAUGUUUCGAAAAUUCAUGCAGGACAUAUGAGACGGCAGUCUGUUUAGAUCGCAUAUCCCAUUAUGUAGAUUAUAUAGUUUCGUGCCAAGUGUUAGUUGCACAUUAUUGGACAUCCGAUAAUACUGAACUAAAAAGAAGAAAAGAAAAGAAAAGGUUGUUGCUCCUGUUUGAGUUACCAUGGAUAUAUCACGAAAGAAAAGAAGAGUAGCAAAAGCCAUCGUGGAUGGACUGGCAGAACUGUAUCCACAUGAUGUGCAGCUGUAUAGGAAGCCUCCUUUGAUGACUAUUUCUCUUUCUGAAUUUGAGGAACUUGCAGUGGCUAGACUGAAAGUUCUAAGGAUUAUAGAUCAAGCAAAUCUUCAAAAGAAUGUUCCUAAAUAUUCUGAAGACUGGAGGAAAAAAAUUGUCGCGGAGAUCAAGAAACAGGGCAUAAAGGCUUUUCCCCGACUUGCAGAAGGUAGUGAAGGUGAUGGUCAGUCAGAACUGGAAGUGGAAGCCAGAAGAAAGGAUCAUAUAUCUCAUUACCUUUUACGGCUUGCAUACUGUCGGUCAGAAGACUUGAGGCGGUGGUUUAUUGCCAGAGAGGUGGACCUAUUUCGAUUGCGUUUUCAUUAUUUAAAAGCAAAAGGAAUUACAACUUUCCUUAAGGAAAACAAAUUGGAUUAUUCACCAAUCCACAAAACUGAGAAAGACGAGUUAAAAGAAUAUCUUUGCUGUUCUUCCACAUCAAUUUCACCGUCAACAAUUGAUAUUGUUGAUUUCUACAAAGUGCCUUUCAUUGAGGUACUGGAUCUAGUUCGUAACCGAAAAGUCUAUUUGUCCUCUGGUUUUGCAUAUAUACCAAGUUCAGAUUUGAUAUCUGUUCUCACGUCAGUAUUCCGGGCGAACCUAUCACAUGCUUUAACACUCACAUUUCGACAUUUGGCUGUUGUGGAACAAGAUGACCGUAUAUAUCCAUUACUGCGUGGCCUUCAUCAUAGUUACACAGGAGAAGAGUAUUUGGCAAAGAAAGAUGGUGAUGAUAUCCAAGUAGAGGAUUUGGAUAAGUUGUCGCGAUCAUCAUUUCCAUUAUGCAUGCGUCGCAUUCAUGAGAAGUUGCGAGAAGCUCAUCAUUUGAAAUAUGGUGGCCGUAUGCAGUAUGGUCUUUUCUUAAAAGGCAUUGGUUUAUCUCUGGAAAAUGCUAUGAAAUUCUGGAGAGAAGAAUUUGUAAAAGCAAUGGAUGCAGAUAAGUUUGACAAACAGUAUGCCUACAACAUACGCCACAAUUAUGGAAAAGAAGGGAAAAGGGUGAACUACACACCUUACAGCUGUGCCAAAAUCAUAAUGUCAUCAGUUGGACCCGGUGACACUCAUGGCUGCCCUUUUAAACAUAAUGAUUUAUCAUCCCUCAAACAGCUACUCCUAAGUUAUGGAAUACCUGCAGCAGGUAUUCAAGAAAUGGCAGAUUAUGUAUCUCGUGGCCACUUUCAAAUUGCAUGUGCCAAGUAUUUCGAAAUCACUCACAGUGCACCUAUUGACAGUGGUGUUAAUCAUCCCAAUAAAUAUUUUGAAGAGAGUCAGAAGCUUAUUGCUGGAAAACAUUUCAAAUCAGAAAAUGGUGAGUCACUAAAACCAUCUUCGAAGACAAAGCCAAAAGAAGACAUCUGGGGAGAUGAUAUAGAUAUGACUUCACUGGAGUUAACAAAAAUUGAAGCAAACAUAAAAACAGAACCUAAUGAAAGUGAUUGUGCUCCCAUCAUUUCGUAAACGUAUUUUUUGUGUGCCUCAAAAUAACUAAAAGCCAUACAGACUCAUACUGUGUGCAGUAGUGGCUAACAGCUUCCUUCCUGUCUGCGUAACCAGAGAUGGUGAUAAAGGUUUUCAGAAAGAGUGGUAUACUGUAUAAUUUUGUGAUGAGUAGGAGCACCUUUUAUAACAGAUGUAAAUAAUCAAUAUUUUUGCUGUCUUUGUCUUCUGUGUAGUAACCUCUGCUUCUCUUUCAAUUUAUCUCUCCUUUCACUUGGAUUGAUCAUCGGAGAACUGGACUAUUAAUGUUAUGUACUAUAUGUUGUGUGUUGUAAAAUUUUAUUGUGUAAUGACUGCUGAUCUGAUGUACAUAUGACUAUGUUUUUUUAAUCCUUUGAAGUAUCUUGUACAAAUCUGGUGCUACUCAUUAAAAUCAGCAGUGAAGUGGUG